ACAUUUUCUACACUGACAAACAACUAUGAAAUCUAUACUGAGAUAUCAGGAAACAAUGGGGCAAAUAAGUUAAAUAAGUUUUAAACAAGCAAACGCUGAUAGAUAGGCUUAUAGUCUAUUCUUGUCUAAAAAACAAACUCUACAACUAUUUUAAAUCUGAGUUUCUCGCUUCAUGAAGGAAGAAAAUACUUAUUAAAAAGACGGCUGGUAAAGCAUUAAAGGAUGCACCAAGUUAUCUCAUUUUCCAUACUGCUGUUUUCUGUUAUUAGUUUAACAGGUGCAGUAAUCAACAAACGAAAGGGAUUUUCAACUGAUGAAGCCGUAAACGGCAAAAAUGUAUUCAAUUUGACCAUUGAAGGAUAUGAAAAAGAUUGUGUGAACUAUAGUUGCCGCUACACUGGCAAAGUGUUGGCAAGUUUUUCUUCUACACCUGAAAUUACAAAAUUUGGAUAUGAAGAUUGCAUGGAAGUAACGAUAUAUUCAUGUCCUCAGGGCAAGGAUUGUGGCGAUAACUCUUGGGAACGGUAUUGCUUCGUGUUCGACUAUCCUUGUGGAGCAUUCAAAUGCCGUAAAGUAAAGCAUCCAUGCUAUUGUACUUAUGGAAAUCCUACAAAAAUUAAGUUCUUCCCUGUGCAUGAAAACAGAUUGUACCAGAUGAAGUUAAGGUUUUUGUUUGAUGCUUACAGGGACAUACCCAUGCUUAUUGCUUCAGGCAACAUCUUCGAUUUCUCCAAGAAACCAGAUAAUUGGGACCCAAUUGAAAAAUAUCCAGAUAAGCCAUUUUAUUACUAUUCGAACAAUGGAAAACAUCAGCUCAAAGCAGAGUUAAUCGUCAUUUGCAUCGGAGCUCUGUCUGCCUUCUACCUGGCCAAGUAGUUUGAUAAAUAAGAUGGAAUUUGAUAUGCAAGCCCUAAAGAUCUAAGAUUAUAGGAAAAAUGGAUUUAAGCUCCGUUUUAAAUAUGUUUAGUAUGUACUUUUAAAAAAAUCAAACAUCUAAAUGUUAAAAGUUCGAAAACUAUAAGAAGACAUUGCAAUAAAAUUUUGAAUUAAAAGUAUAUCUUUUUAUGUAGUAUAAACAUAGUAACCGUUCACAAAAGUUUAGGAAAUCUUUCGAAACUUAAAAUAAACUGUUGCAAAUAA